AUGGCUUUGUAUAGCGGCAUGCUUGCAUUGGUCUUCGGGGAUGGUACCGGUGGAUGGUAUUUGAGAUGGGUCAUGUUGCUGGAAGUAUUGCUGGCAGAAGAUCUGUUCAACGUCGAGCUCUACUCCGAGAAUGCGAGGAUAAGGAAUUACCUGAGUCAUGUGGAAACUCCAGCAAAGAUCGCUGCUGCACAGCUGAGGAUCAACGAGAUCAACGAGUUGCAGAAGUCGCCUCGUCAGCAGAUCAAGAAGCUUGAGAAGCAGCUACAUGACCCUGCGGUGGACAGAAAUGAGAUACUGGCAGCGAUCAAAGAGAUCAGGCCUACCAUCGACCGUCUCGUGCAAGAGCAAGAUGCCAACAGUGCGCUUGCACAUGGGAUCAGGCAGGUGCUCGAGUACAUCAACUACGACCCGGCUUCUCCGCCAAGUUUUGAUCCGGGAGCCGAUCAUUCUAAGAUUGGCGAGGCUCUGGACCUGAUCGAGUUUGCCGCUGCCGGACAGGCAUCGGGAUGGGGCUUCUACUAUCUGCUCAAUGAAGGCGCUUUGCUCGAGCAGGCUCUGGUCCAAUAUGCUCUUGCAGUGGCACGAAAACGAGGGUGGAUGAUGAUUACGCCUCCUUCGCUUGUGUACUCACACAUGGCCGAGUCAUGUGGCUUCCAGCCGCGAGAUCAGAAUGAUGAGCAGCAAAUAUGGCAGGUGGCACAGCCGGAGAAGGACGCCGCCAAACCCAAGAGAAGCCUCGCCGCGACAGCGGAGAUUCCAUUGGCAGGCCUCUACGCAAGCAAAGCCAUUCCGGAGGAUGAGCUACCGAUCAAAGUCAUUGGAAGCAGUCGUUGCUAUCGAGCUGAAGCCGGGGCACGAGGGGUUGAUACCAAAGGGCUGUAUCGAGUACAUGAGUUCACUAAAGUUGAGAUGUUUGCGUGGGCUGAUGGGACCGAAGUUGCAGAGUCAGGCGGUCAUAGUGCGUCCCAAGCGGAUCUGUUAUUCCUAGAAAUGGUGGAGAUCCAGAAGGAGAUAUUGUCAUCACUCGGCCUUCCAUUUCGGAUACUGGAGAUGCCGGCAUCGGAUCUGGGUGCCAGUGCCUUUAGGAAAAUCGACAUCGAAGCUGUUUUCCCAUCGCGCAUGAGUAGGGACGACGGAUGGGGCGAGCUAACGUCGGUCUCCAUGUGUACAGAUUACCAAAGUCGACGGCUGGACACUAGGAUCUUUGAUCGGAGUGGAUCGCGGAAACGAUUUGCACAUACCUUGAAUGGGACGGCUAUGGCUGUGCCACGCGUGCUGGCGGCUAUAUUGGAGCAUGGAUGGCGACAAGAAGAGAAAUGUGUUAUGAUACCCCAGGUGCUGGUUCCAUACAUGGGUGGACUGGAUCGCAUUACGGCACAAUCAAAAAGUAAGCGAUAG